ACAACCGCGACCAUCUUUCUAGUGCCAGGUAUGAGUCCAACCAGUGGAGAGUUUACCACCUGAUUGCUCGGGUCCUGUCACCUUCAAUGGUUUGUGCAGACAUACAUCUAGGUCCCUUUGCUCCUGCACUCCGUUUAGAAUUAAACCCACUAUUUUAUAUUGUGUUUCAAUUUCUUCCAACCAAAGUGCAUCAUCUUGCACUUCUUGGCAUUGAAUCUUAUCUGCUACGUGUCCACUCACUCCAUCAACUUGUCAAUGUCUUUUUGAUGUUCCACAUUGUGCUUCUCACAGUUUGCAAUUCCUCUCAGUUUACUUCCAAGUAAAAAAGCUGGCCCAGCCAAUAAUGGCCACAUCUCCUGACUGAAUAAAAGAAAGCUCAUGUCCCAUCACAUACUCCCAGGGUAAAUACACCAUGGAUACAGAGUAAAGCUCCCUCUAUGCUGUCUUGACUGUAUAUCAUACAAAAAAUACCAAAUAUUUACACAAUGCCUCUAAAGAAGAGUUCCACAAGUCUUCACAAAUGAAAACAGAAAUGGACACAGUGAUGGCAGAUGAAAAUAGAUUGGUAUUAAAGGAGGAAGUAGUGGAGAUGUUUUGAAAUAUGAAAUAAUGAUUCCAAAAAUGUACCCUAGACAGGGGACACAUACAAGAGAUCAAGGUCAGUAAUCUGUAGAGUUUCCACUGAAACUCCUCAGACUGCUCCUUGAAGCAGAAGACAGUAAGUCUAUUUCCCACAGCAAAUGAAUAUGAAUUUUUGCUGCAUUUCUGGUCUAUUCAGACAUAGCCAGAGAAUCUCCUGAAAUGACUUCGCCUCCCAUUCCUGCACAAUUACCUUUGUUGGUUCUCAAGGAAUGUUGCUUGACUCUAUUCUAUCUUGCUUUUACAAGCUGCCCCUUAGUGACAUCAUUUUAAAACACAAUAGGUUCCACAUGUACACUGGUUACAACCAGUGCUACCUCACCAUCAAUAUUUGACUGCUUCAGUUUCUUUGGACUAAGCACAUGAGAAAUAGGAGCAGAUGUGUGUCAUUUGGCACUUCAAGCCAGCCUGCCACUCAGUACAAUCAUGGCUGAACUUUGACUUCAGAUUUCCCAUACCAUGUCCAUAAUAGCCAAAUUAGUAGAUAAAAAUUGAUGAGUCUUUGUUUUGUACAUAAUCAAUACAUCUACAUUGGUUCCUGGGACAAGAGGGUUUGCCUAUGACGGGAAGCUGUGUACAUUGGGUCUGUGUUCUCUGAGGUUUCGAAAAAUAAACAUUGAUCUCAUUCAAAGAUAAAAGGGGAGACAGCUUUCCUCUUUCUGGGGAAUCUCGAACGUAUGGAGCUGGGACAGAGGCCCAGGGUAAUAGGUUAAUUAUUUAGAACUUAGAUGAAGAUAAAUUUCUUCAGUCAAAAGAUUUUGAGUUUUUAGAAUUCUCUGCCCUGGAGGUUUAUGGAUGCUUCAUUGGUGAGUAUGUUUAGGGUUGUGAUAUACAGAUUUCUGGGGUCUCAAUAAAUUAAAGCAUGCGGUGAGCAAGGGUUAAAGUGAAGUUGAGGUAGAUUAAUAUUGAUCAUGCUUGGGGGGGGGGGGUGCUAUAUGUCUACUCCUGCUCCUAUGUUUUACGUCCAAAGUCUGCUAUCCACAACUCUCUGUUCUCGAUUCAUGACCCAUAUGAUUGAAAACGUUUCUCAUCUCAGCCUGAAAUGGCAGGUCCCUUCCUCUGAGAUUGUGAGUCUGCAUUUGUCACAUUGGUUGUCCAACAUCCAACGAUGGAUGAGCUGAAAUUUAGGUCCUGGAAAGAAGGAAUCCUUAUCUUUAGUUUCUAUCAUAAAUUCAGUUUCCCAGCUACCAAUACCAAACCUCUCCCUGGCCACUGUGACUUUCAAAGAGACUUAGCAGAAUUAUAGUAUCCUAUUUGACUCCCUGCUAAGUUUUCAAUCCUGUAUCCUUUCCAUCAUCUGGAUGGCUUCCUUACAGAUUGGUAACAUUUCCCCUGCCUCAACCUAGCUGCUACUGAAGCCUAUAGCCAUCGUCUGUUACCCUUGGACUCCUACUCCAGGGCUUGUUUGGCUGGCCUCCAUUCUCCAUGUUUCAGUUAACAUUGGCUAUACAGACAAGAAAGAAGGUUCAAGCUGAGACAGACUGUGAGUUCACAGCCCUCAAUGGGUUAACGUCAACUUCCUCUGAAAGCAGCAAAAAAUCCGGCCCCCACACACUGGCUUGUACAGGAUGAGUUAGAGGCAGGAACACAGAGGCAACAAGGAAGGCUGCCAUCCAGCCAUUCAGACUGACAUGGUGAGUGGGAAAACAAGAAAUGCAAUAGAACGGAUACUACCCACUAAGCGAAACAGAGACAAACACUGAGAAUUACCCAGGGAAGCAGAGAAACGAGCAGUGAGAUACAGACAGAAUAAAGACAAGCAGAGAUGGAUUUAGAGAAAUAGAAUCGAGAAAAGGGUCAGCGACUCGGAGAGAGAAAAUAAAGGCAGAAGGAACAUACAAGGAAUAGAUAAGUGGAGCGCAGUGAGGUGGCUAGAGACAGGGAAAGACUGACAGAUCGAGAACGCAGAGAACAGGAGCUCCCUGAGCCAUCUCCAGCCGGAGCCGGGACCCAGCGCUGGGGCUGUUAAAUGAUGAAGAAGACGCUGCCGAAUAAGAGGGGCACCCAGGAAGGCAAUCAGCCUCCAAGCCAACCCGAAAAGUCUGGCUGGAUUCGCAAAUACUGCGGGAGAGGAAUAUUCCGGGAGAUUUGGAAAAACCGCUACGUGAUCUUAAAGACAGAUCAGUUGUACAUCUCAGAGAAGGAGGUGAAAGAUGAGAAGGUGGCUCUAGAUAAGUUUGACCUGACAGACUACGAGAAAUGUGAAGAACUGCGCAAAUCAAAAAGCCGAAGCAAGAAGAACCAUAGCAAAUUCACAUUGGUCCGCAGCAAACAGCCCGGUAACACGGUACCAAACCUGGUCUUCCUAGCUGUGAGCCCCGAGGAGAAAGAGUCAUGGAUUAACGUUCUGAGCAGUGCGCUCAGCCGAGCAAAGAACCGUGUCCUUGAUGAGGUCACUGUCGACGAAGAAAGCUUUCUUGCUCACCCAACUAGAGACCGAGUAAAAAUCCAGCACUCUCGCCGACCGCCCACUCGUGGCCACUUGAUGGCAGUGAGAAGUCACACUCCACUGUUUUCCGAUCUGAUGGGACCUCAACUUCACUUAGUGUAG